GAAUGAACUUUUGCUUAGCACAGAAUUUAUUUAUGUAAAUAACAAAGCUAAGAUUCUAUUAGGUUGUAUGCGCUGCCUUUAUGAAGAUGAGAACUUUCUGAAAUUAUCAGAGAAAGUUUUAAUCGACUGUCUUAUAGAAUUACUAGGGACCCAAAGCAUAGUACACCAGUCGACGGCUUUUGAAAUAUGCCGAUCAUUAUGCAAAAGUUUCAAAGUAGAAGCAGACACCAGAAUUCUGACGUUACAAGUAUUAAGCAUUCAUGCUUAUCAACUGCUUUUGUGGGUCCUGAGAGAGUGCCCCAUCGCCUGCCCGCUCUGGGAUAACUGCUUGUGCUGCUUUUUCUAUGCAAUGGACUCUUUACCCUUCGAGCCCCUCGUCUCUGUCAUUGACAAGCUGGAUCCUUCGGUUCUCGGGGGCCUCUUCGAAAGUUCGCUUUUUCUUUCUUCUAUCUGGACCGACAAGCUCAUAAACUACUUCGAGCUCGCUUUCUUUGCAGAUAAGAUUCAACUCCGGGCUGAUAAGUUUGCUAUGCUCUGUGGCGGAUUAGGCUCUCUCGAACGUUCAACGUUUAUAGUUUGCAAAUGGAUAAAUAUGUUAGAACUGGGCGACCUCAAGGAACUGAAGAGCUUUGCGAGGAUCCUGCUAGCAGCGGCUUUGCAGGAGCAAAACGUUGUGUCGCCAUCUAAUCUUUUCUCCAUCAUUUCGAAUGCUGAGAGCUUCUGCGUUUUCUUGAAGAAAGUCUGCCUCUUACCCCCCUUGGCAUUUUCAGAAGCUGCCCUCCAAGAAUGCAAACCGCUCGCGAUGCUUUCUAGUAGUGCCGUUGACUGUAUAGCUCAAUUGCUUAGCUGCUUAGGAGACCUACUUGAGCGAGCACACAGACGGACCAUGAUGGGCAAGCUGUGUUCUAGUACAGCUUCCAUCAUACAUGGGUUACUCCACAGCGAGCUAGUAGAAGAUCGAGAUAAUGGGAUGAAAUGGCUUCUGCAGUUACUUUGCACAGGUGUAAUCGGCUGGUCUACGUUGGAAAGCAUUCUCAUCGGUAUUUUGGAAGCUCCACUACCGGAAGUGCAAAAGACCUUUUAUAUCAUUAUAAUGGCCGUGUUCGAACAGGCACGUUGCCUGCAGCCUCUACAUUUCGCGAAUGACGGCGAGUUAACGGCUUGGGUGAACUGCAUGCUAACUAAAAGUGUGGUUGACCAUGGAGAAAGUGGGCUUCAAAAUACACUAAUAGCAGCCCACAUCCUAUUUCUUUUGCUAUUGGACGUCAGAGAUCAGGAGCGUAACUUUCGUAGAGAGGAAAUUACAAAUAUGAUCCUACACGGCACUAAAGGCAUAAAGAAAAAAGCUUUAAACGCUAUUAAUUCGCUGUUAUUGAAGCAAUUAUAUUGCUUUCUUGCAAAUGCAGAAAGCAUUGAAAAAGAAAGUGCGAUGAAAACCAAACAGGCCAUGCUAGUAUUGCUUGUCCUUCAAAGUCAAGAAGAAGCUUUCUACAGAGCCAUCGGAGGGCCACAGUUUUUCAACAACCUCCUUGAAUCCUGCGACCCAUUUGUGUUGCUUGUUGCUAGCGAGUUCUUAAUUAACAGGGUUUCUUUAUUAGGAAAAGAUAUUCCUAAUGUUUUGGUUAAGAAACACGUUUGGAGCGCCACUGAAACGCACCCUUUAAAAAAACUUAACAAAUUAAGAAAUUUUUUAACCUGUUGAUUUCGUAGGCUAUAAUUCCGAGCACCUGUAUAUUAUGGACAGCAGAGUAAUAUUAUAAAUAUGAAGUAUAAUAAAACUAAAUCGAAGUAGCGAAGAGCACCGUACAAUUAUUUGAAUAUUACAGACUACUUAUGUGCACUAAACCCAACUGGGCAA